AUGGCUGCCAAUUUCUUCAAGCCUCAACAAAAACGUGGCGUGCCAGUGCAACAAGUUCAAGCAGCGGAGCUAGAAAAUCAACCUUGGGUCGAGAAAUAUCGACCAAAGACCAUCGAGGAUGUUUCGGCACAGGAACAUACAGUCGCUGUGCUACGGAAAACCUUAACAUCUACCAAUCUUCCCCACAUGCUCUUCUACGGCCCACCGGGUACCGGCAAGACCUCCACCAUCCUCGCUCUAGCCCGUCAGCUAUUUGGCCCUGACAACUUCCGCUCUCGCGUUCUCGAGUUGAACGCCUCCGACGAACGCGGUAUCAGCAUCGUCCGCGAGAAGAUAAAGAACUUUGCACGCCAGACACCCCGCGCACAGGCCGUCUCAAGCGACGGGAAAACGUACCCAUGUCCGCCAUACAAAAUCAUCAUCCUCGACGAAGCGGAUAGCAUGACUCAAGACGCGCAGGCGGCCUUGCGCCGAAUUAUGGAGAACUAUGCGCGCAUCACCCGAUUCUGCUUGGUCUGCAACUACGUGACACGGAUAAUAGAACCUCUCGCUUCCCGCUGCUCCAAGUUCCGCUUCAAGCCGCUCGACCCUACUUCCACCUCUUCCCGCCUCCAACACGUUGCCGACGCCGAGCGAGUUCCCGUCACCCCUGCCGUCCUCGAUACCCUCGUCUCCGCAUCUCAGGGCGACCUCCGACGCUCCAUCACCUACCUCCAGUCCGCGUCUCGCCUUUCCGCGUCCACCGACCCCCCGAUCCCCAUCACGCCAACGGACAUCCAGGAGAUCGCGGGCGUCGUGCCCGAUGCGGUAGUCAAGAACUUCGCAAGGGUAUUGGGGGUCGAUAACAGGGCGCGGAAGAAGGGUUUCGACAAUAUUCGGGAAAAAGUCAGGGAGAUCAUGCGCGAGGGUUACUCCGCGUCCCAAUUGCUGUCACAGCUACAUGACUUGAUCAUCUUACAUCCGACGCUUACAGCGCGACAUAAGUCGCGGUGCGCAAUGGUGUUCGCAGAGGCGGACAAGGCAUUAUGCGAUGGUGCCGACGAGGAGCUUUGGAUAUUGGAAGUCGCGCUGAAGGUUCACAGAGCAUGUUCUUGA